GGGGCUAUGACGUCACACUCCUGAAGUGAAACUGAAAGUUUGUUGAGCGACAGUCGAGACGAGUCUCUGUGUUUCUGUCCAAAGAAAUAUUAACUCUGCUCGUCGGGGUUUUCUCAACAGCUGACCCACAAACUGAUAUGGCUGCUGCCAGCAAUCUGCCAUCUGAAGAUCAGUUCCUGUGCUCCGUCUGUCUGGAUGUGUUCACUGAUCCAGUCACCACACCAUGUGGACACAACUUCUGCAAGAAGUGCAUCACUGAACACUGGAAUGUGAGUGACAGGUGCCAGUGUCCCAUGUGCAAAGAGGUUUUCACCACCAGACCAGAUUUGAGGGUCAACACCUUCAUCUCUGAGAUGGUUUCUCAGUUCAGACAGUCGGCUCAACAGAAAGCCAGCAGCAGCAGCUCAGAGCAACAAGAGUCCAAACCAGGAGAAGUUCCCUGUGACGUCUGCACUGGAACCAAACUGAAGGCCCUGAAGUCCUGCCUGGUGUGUCUGGCCUCCUACUGUGAGACUCACCUGGAGCCUCAUCUGACAAUGUCAGGCCUGAAGAGACAUCAGCUGAUGGACCCUGUGGAGAACCUGGAAGACAGGAUGUGUACGAAGCACGAUAAACCUCUGGAGCUGUUCUGUAGGACCGACCAGACGUGUGUCUGCAUGCUCUGCACUGUGUUAGACCACAAGAUGCACAAGUUUGUUCCUCUGAAGGAAGAAUAUGAAGGAAAGAAGGUCGAGCUGGAGAAGACAGAGGCUGAACUUCAGGAGAUGAUCCAGAAGAGACGACUGAAGAUUCAGGAGGUCAAACACAAAGUGGAGCUCAGUGAGGAAGAUGCAGACAGAGAGAAAGCAGAAGGUGUUCAGGUCUUCACUGAUCUGAAGGAGUCUGUUGAGAGAAAACUGAACGAGCUCAUCAAUACGAUAGAAGAGAAGCAGAGAACAACAAAGAAACAGGCUGAAGACUCCAUCAGAGAGCUGGAACAGGAAAUCUCUGAGCUGAUGAAGAGAAGCACUGAGGUGGAGAAGCUCUCCCUCUCUGAAGACCACCUCCACCUCCUCCAGAGUGUCCAGGCCCUAAACAUCCACCAUCCACCACCCACCAAGGACUGGUCUGAGGUCAGUGUUCCUCCAGCAUCAUAUGAGGGGACUGUGGUGAGAGCUGUGUCUCAGCUGGAGGAGACUCUCAGUAAAAAGAUCAAGAAGCUGGUUGUUGAAGUUGAGCUGAAGAGGGUCCAGAAGUUUGCAGUGGAUGUGACUCUUGAUCCUGAAACAGCUCAUCCUCAACUCAUCCUGUCUGCUGACGGGAAACAAGUGAAACAUGGUGAUGUGAAGAAGAAUCUCCCAGACAACCCAGAGAGAUUUUCUUCUUGUUCUUGUGUCUUAGCAAAGCAGAGUUUCUCUUCAGGCAGAUUUUACUUUGAGGUUCAAGUUAAAGGAAAGACUGAAUGGACUUUAGGAGUGACCAGAGAGUCGAUCAACAGGAAGGGAGACUUCACACUGAGUCCUCUGAAUGGUAUCUGGACUUUAUGGUUGAGAAAUGGAAAUGAGUAUAAAGCUGCUGCUGGUCCUCCAGUUGUUCUCUCCCUGAAGUCUGGUCCUCAGAAGGUGGGGGUGUUUGUGGACUAUGAGGAGGGUCUGGUCUCCUUCUAUGACGUAGAAGCUGCAGCUCUCAUCUUCUCCUUUACUGGCUGCUCCUUCAGGAAGAAACUCCUCCCAUUCUUCUGUCCUAGUCUUAAUUAUGGUGGUAAAAACUCCUCCCCUCUGAUCAUCUCUCCUGUCAAUCAAACUGCCUGAUUCUUUUUUACCAUCAGAAAGUCCCUGAACAAUAAUUAAUCACCAACAAUACAUAUUCACAUUAAAGUAGUCUUCAUACAUCCAGUGUAUUUAUACACCAGACAAAGUUGUAAUACUACAAUACUGACACAGCGGUCAAUAUGUGGACACCAAUCAAUUAGAGACAUAAAACAAAACAAACUGACGGACUGAUACAUUUGAAAUAAAAAGACGUAAUGUCAUUUAUGGUAAUAAAUGUACAUAUUUAGUGAUAAUAUCUCUUGUGAACUUGUUUUCAUCUGAAUAUGAUGUGUCAGUAAUCAUUUGUGUCCCUCAAACAGCUUCAGGGUUAAAACAUAAAAGUAUCUUUAAGUUUGAGUCACUCUUAUAAAGGUUAUUUUUCUAUUGAAAGGCUUCUUAAAGAGACCUGAGAGCUCUGUGACGCUCUGAGGAGUUGAACUUGAUUUAAGAACGUUAAGGUUGUAAUUGUACUGAUUUACAUUUAUUUUAGUUUUACAUUCAGAUCGUAUUACUUGUGGACUGUGGGUGUAACUCUGUUGAUCUCCACACAUGUUAACAGGGAGGAUGUCUUUCCUCAAACUAUAUUAUGUUAAAGGGACAGUGUUUGACAUUCAGGGGGAUUAAUUAGCAGCAAUGGAAUAUAAUAUUCAUAACUAUGUUUUAAUCCGUGUUUAAUGACCUCAGACUAAUAAUCGUAGUGUUUUCGUCAUCUUAGAAAAAGACAUUUCUAUAUCCGUCGGGAGCAUUCCGCCAUGUUUCUACAGGAGCCCAGAAGGGACAUUUGCUCUUUAGAGAGCCUUUCGCCUUUUUUACAUGACUGUACGGGUGCGUUCAGGAUCCCCGGUGAUAAAUUACCGGAAUACUGAUGAGCCGCGACAUUAGUACUCUUUAAUGUUAAGAAAACCUUUUGAUUUCAUUUAAUUUCUAUUUUGUCCUUUUUUUUUUUAUUUGAUGUAAAAAAAAAGAAGAAAUCCUGUACAUGAAUAUCUUUUGAUGGCUGUUCUGUUUGUGUAUUAAUGCCUUAACUACUAAAUAAAAUUGGUUCC